GGUCUGACCAUCUGUCUGCCGUACCAUGGUGUGUUGGGAAUUCUCAACAGAGAAGAGCAACUUUGAAAACAGAUGUGACGGAAACAAGACUAUCAGGGCGGCAGAUCAAAGGGAGCUUUGUGUCAUGGAUGUCCACUGCAAUGUGACAAUACUAGAGACCCAGAUGCAGAUCAACUCAACCAUCUUCCACUUGGUUAAGAUGGUCAGCAUGUGCGUGAGCUACACCCUGAACGUCAUUCUCAGUCUUCCUUUACUCUUGGUCAUCACACGCCCCCCAUCCCUCCUCAGGCACACUCGCUUCCUGCUCCUCACACACCUCCUCUUGUGUGACAACCUCCAACAGCUCCUCUGGACCGUCAAAGCAGUUCUUUUAAGAUCCAGAGAAGGUAUACCUGUGGCCCACUGUCUGAUCUUCUGUGCUGCUAUCCAGGCCUGCUCAUUGGUGGACCUCUUACUGAGCACUGCCCUGGCUGUGGACCGAUUUGUAGCUGUCAAGUGGCCCCUGCGCUAUGAAUUCUUGAUGUGUCCUCAAAGGAGACGAGCAAUAGUUGCAGCCAUAUGGAUCUUAUCAGUUGUGCUCAGCGGUGUAGGUUUAUGCAUCAGCCUCAGCACAAUCCAGGUGAAUUUUUCCUUUCCCCGCUGUCGACCUCUCAUCCUCACACCCUGCCUGUCAGGGACAUCAGCUAUGCUACUUUACUGCACCGUGGGAACUGCUGUGGUGGUGCCUCUCUGCUCUCUGACCAUCCUGGGAUGCUUCUGCCUGCUCUGCUGGGACAUGCAUGCAGGGCUGCUCUGCACCAAGAGGGCUUCUGUGACCCUGACCCUCCAGGCUGUUCAGACUCUUCUCUUUUCAGUUCCUGUGGUCAUGGACAGCUACCUGAUCCCUGGCUACCUGCACAGCGAUACUCUUGAUUUAGCAGCAACCAUCAUUUUCAACCUGGGGGUGUCACUCAUCCCAUUAGUCUAUGGAUACCGCUCACGAGAGCUGCAGCAGAGGAUACGAGAGGCUGCACACAGGAACAAAGUCAUCAACCAGAAUUGGUCAUAAAGUCUGAUGAGAAUUAAUUUGUGGAGCUGCUAUUUAUAAAACUGAACCGGUUUUACCUGUACUGCCUGAAGAUCUUCCUGUUCAGCACAGAUCUUUGCACAUGUAUUGUGCCACGCUUUUACUUGAUUGUUUGAAAAAGUAUGGUUGGAUAGCUGAGUCAAUAUGCUAAUGUCAGGUAACAGCAUCUUCCUGUAAUUCAUUUGUAUUUCAAAGGUAAACAACAUGUGUUUUAUUAGCAGCAGUAGAAUCAGAGA